CAAUUCCAAAUAGAGCACACAGAUAGGGAAGCUAUAACAUCGUUGUCAAGUAAUCUUUUGUUUUAUUUACCCAUUCUGCGAGUAAUUGUGACUUACACAAGGAUAUACGAUCAACACACAUUUUCAAAGUUUUGCAGAGAGAAACAUUUUGGUUCAAAGAUAAACAUGAUAGUCUAAAUUAAUAUUACAAAUGUUACGAGGGAGCUCUUUUUGGAGCAGCAGGCCAUGCUUGUCCGUUCACAGCACCUAGACAUCCUAGCUUAUAGCCGAAAAUGCCACAAUUCUGGAGAAAUCUUUGGCGUGUACUGGACUCCCUUACAGAUCCACCUAAAAGGUUGCAGGACCGAGUUGUUCUGGGCGUUUCCGCAAGCAAGCACAGUCACCUGACUCAUCUGAGUCUGCAAAGUGAGAGGAGUAUCCCCCUGCAACAACAUACCCGAUUUCUCAUUCCAUCUAUAAGUCGCCAUGUGGUCUUAUCGCCCAGCACCUUGGAGCACCAGAAAACCCGAAAGGUGGCAAUGCAGGCGAAAACAUCAGCCUUUCAGAAUUUUGUGCGCGAGAUGUACGAUGGAUACUACGACCUUGUGCUCUCACAGGAGCGAAGAAAACACGGCUUGGAUCCAGAACAACAGCUCUACAUUCGAAGGCUGGGAUACAAGGAUCUUCUGCGACUUCAGGGAUUGGCCAAUGACUUGUGGAAAAGGAUGGACAGGGUACGGAAGCAGAAGUACAAGGAUCUGGCCCUGAAGGCGCUGCGUCGCCGUAGCCUGCGUCUGCCCCCCGAUCCCUUUCGAAUACCACCACAUAUCAAGAGAUCAUCCAAAAGUUUAAUAAAAAAAAAUCUGUUUUUAUUCGGUUUUUAAAACCACAAUAAACAGAGGAACUAACAUGUUAAUCUUCCUAUUAAUAAUGCAUUAAGUUAUCACGAAACUAUUGUGUACAAUUAACAAAAACCAAAUCUUGGAUUUUUAAAGAAUAAAUUAAUGUUUCUUAAAUAAUGCGAGAAACAGCGCAUCUAAUAAAUUUGUAAUGCUUACUUGGAAA